CCUUUCCAAGUUCUUUGGUGUGGUGUGUGACUUUGGGCUUUUCUGUUUCUGUUUCUGUUUCUGAAGAAGGCAGUCAGCAACCUGGGUCAGCAUCUGGGUUUUUCCUGGGUGGCUUGUGUGCUCCAUCAGGUUCCGUAAUGUUUGAGAGCUGAGAAAUAAUAGAUAUAUAUGAGAGGUGGGACUUUAUAGCUGUUAAUCUGACCUUCAUUUCUGAGUUCUGCCCCCUGCCCCUGAAAAAGGCUAGCUAGCUCUGCACCUGUAAGGAGAAAUGAAAUUUAAACUGGACACAGCGAUGGCCAAGUGGGAUGGAGAGCUAGGAGUAGACACAUGGAGCCCACUCCCCUGCAGUGACCAAGGAGCUUCCCAAUCCUGGGGCUGAUGCUUGCCCGUUCUGAGGAUGGCACCACGUCCCCGUUUCCCACUAGGAAGAAGCCUGACUCAAGAUACUCCUGGACAGUGAUCCUGAUGUCUCUGCUGUGCAGAGCGUUCAAGUUUGUGAUAAACAACUCCUGAGACAAGCAUCAUAGCUCAGCGGAAAAAGCCCUGGAUUGGGAGUCAAAAGAUCUGGGGACCUGGGUUCUACUGGCCCUGCCACUAAUCAGCUGUGUGACUUUGGCAUUUGGGCUGGGGACUGUGAGGAGGCAGCAUGGCCUCUGCGGAGCCCCUGACGGCACUGUCGCGCUGGUACCUCUACGCCAUCCAUGGCUACUUCUGCGAGGUGAUGUUCACGGCUGCCUGGGAAUUUGUGGUGAACUUUAAUUGGAAGUUCCCAGGGGUCACCAGUGUCUGGGCCCUCUUCAUCUACGGCACCUCCAUCCUGAUUGUGGAGAAGAUGUACCUGCGCCUGCGGGGCCGCUGCCACAUCCUGAUCCGCUGCCUCAUCUACACCCUCUGGACGUACCUCUGGGAGUUCACCACGGGCUACAUCCUUCGCCAGUUCAAUGCCUGCCCCUGGGACUACUCCCAGUUUGACUUUGACUUCAUGGGUCUCAUCACCCUGGAGUAUGCCGUGCCCUGGUUCUGUGGGGCCCUCAUCAUGGAGCAGUUCAUCAUCCGCAACACGCUGCGCCUGCGCUUCGAGCAGCAUGCCGAGCCCAGCGGCCCCACCGCCCCGCUGGCGCUGGCCAAUGGCCACGUCAAGACGGACUGAGGGCUGUCCCCAACCUGGACAGCAGCCCCGGGGCCGUCCUGAUCAACCCGUGAACAGAACCAAACAGGAGGAGCUGCUCUCCCUGCCCUGCACCCACCCAGACACACACCGUCUGCACCUGUACCCCUCACCAGAGCUGUGUGUGGGGGGAGGUGACACAGGGGGUGGGCAGGAAUAGCUCCCUAGGGCAAAGAGAAGAGCAGGGUCCUGGGACUUGGAAAACUAGCGCCCCAACCCACUGACCGUGGGCUUUAAAAACUAGGUGGCAGGUGAUUCCUGGAGGUCACCCAGGAGACCCCUCACCGCCCUUUCUGGGCUCCCUCCCCCCACACCCACCACUGCCCUUUGGUCUGGGUGAAGUUAGCGGUUGGCUUGUUCUAUUAGGCAAUAUUCAGGUGCUUGCUUGCAACCAAUACCUCCCAUGGGGCCCAAGGAGCGGAAGGAUCAGAAGGAGCUUGGUCAUGGUUAAGAGACAGCUUGGCAGCCAUGUUCUGCAUGCACAGGAGAUGGAGGCAGAGGCCCUCCCUGCUGCCCCCUCCCCUGUAGCCCCAAAGCUGCUUUCUUGGUGUUUUCUGGGGCACUCUGGUGCUGGAUCCCCACCAAACUUGGACUUUUGAAGGACUUAAUCUUCAAGUGCUCCGUGGAGUUUCCCCUUUUUUCCUUCUUCUCCCUUUUUAUUUUUGAACUAAGGGUGGCCUGCCUUUCUUGUCUCCUCCCCUUACAAGCCAACAGAAAAAUUCCCAGAGAUAGAAACCUGAGAAAUCUUCUCCACCUGCUCCUACCCCUACCCGUCUUUAUUUUUUGCUUAUUUGCCAUAUGUUCUAGGGAGACUACACAGGCAGUGUCUUCCUUCCCAAAUUGUCUACUGUGAAAGUAUCUGGCAUCAUGGGCACUGGGCUUGUGACAGUGUCCCCUGGUGCUGGCCCUCUUCUCCCUUCUUGUAGCCACUCUCUAACAGCCUUGCUGGAGGUUCACAACCCAUUGAAUCCAUGUAAGAAUUAGGUCCAGUAGGGCCUGAGGAGGUAGUAUCUUGUGUCCUGGAAGAAUUUUUGAGAGGUUUUCCAAAUAAAGAUUGUAGGGAGAAUGGAGAAAGGGGCAGAGAUUAAGGAUGGGAUCUAAAAGAUGGAGGAUGCUUGUAGAAUAUCUGUGCCAUGAUUGAAUUGGAGAGUGAGAGAGAGAGAGAGAGAGAGAGAGAGAGAGAGAGAGAGAGAGAGAAAGAGAGAUUGACUCUAUUUUAGGAAAUCAGAAUUUGAGAAAGGAGCCCAAAGGAGAAAGGUAAUAUUUUAGGCUUAGGUGAUACUUUGGAAUAUCCAGAUGAGAACAGGCUCAGAACUUGGUGCUGGUUUUCAUUAUAUCACAGCCCCCAAUUCCAUGUUGCCUUCUCAGGGCUGCUACUUCUAGCCCUUUGUCCCCAUAAACAGGGCUCUCUCUGUGAACUCACUCCUUAUUCAGUAUUAACUGCACUCUAUGGAGGCAUGGUUUUAGUCCCCCAGCCCCCAAAGCCCUUCCACUCCUGGGACGUGUCCAUUGCUGGCAGUGGACAGGUAUUCACCAUAGCUCACUUCCAGCUCACCCAACCAGCACAAAGGAGUUAAUUAACCCUACUAUGCCCUGUGGUACAGUGUUUCCUGAUUCCGGGACACUUAGGUAGAAAUUAGCAUCAUCCCUUUUUAUAAAUCAUUAAAAAUGCCAAGACUACCAACUGUAGAAAGAAAAUCCUCUUCCUUGCUGUCCUACCCAGUCUGUAUAGACAGCAUAGCUCAUAGGUGGGACCAAAGUUUGAAGGUUGGGGGCAGGGAAUAUGGAGGGAGUAGGAAAAAAUAGCUUGGGGGGAUUAAUUUAGCGCACAAAUGUUGUUUGCUGUUGUCCUAGGCUUAGAGCAAUGACAUAAGAAGUUCUGGGUUUUUGCUUCCUGGAAAAGUUCUCCAAAAAUAGGGAUUAAUCCUAUUUGAAGAUUGUCCUCCUCUCCCACAAGGACAUAGAACACUCAUUUCUUCCUGGGUGAAAAUGGGCUAUCCGGGUAUAAAUUGCUUUUCUGUCAAUUAAUUAUGAGAAUUGGUGGUUGAGGGGCGAGAUUGGACCUGUGAUUUCAUCAGCAUUGGGAACUGUCAAUGUUGAAGAAACCUGAUGCAACUCAUCUAUAACUUGAGUCUUAGAAAACUUCUAUGGCACUAAGAAAUUAAGUGAUUUGUCUAGUAUGUGUCAGAAAAAAAGACUUUAAUUUAGGUUUUCCUGACUUCCAUAUUAACUUCCUGUAGUCCUUAUGUCAGACUGCCUAUAGUGACUAGAGAGGGAAGCAUGUAGUUCCUUUAGCUAUAAACUUCAUAAUUGCUACCCACCUACCACCAAUCACCCAAUCUUCAUAUAGUUAUAAUCUGGACCGAAUCACUACUAAUGCCACUGUAGGAAUCAUAGUGUACCCUGUGCCCCAGGUCUCUCUUCAAAGACUCUGGAUUCUCAGAAACCAGGCUUCAUCCUGGGGGCUGACCCCAAAGGGGUCCUUAUCACUCUUUGGCUCCUAACCCAACUCUGAGGUAGAUGUCCUGAAUAAAGCUUAGGUAUGGCUUGUGUCUUGAGUGUUCCCAUAUGUGGGUAAUAAAUUUCUCCACUUCUGCACAAGUAUUCUGUACCCAGUAUAGGUAUGAGACUAUGUUUCCUCUAUCAUACAAAAAAAUUGCAUUUGGAUAAUUUUAAUAAAAAUGAAUAAAGAGGGUAUCACCAGAGCCCAAGUACAGAUACAGAUAAAGCACUCAUAUAAUGUCCUAAUUCCCUAAAGGAAAAGGCAUUUUAAGACUGCUUAAUAAACGCUCCCCAUUUACCUUUUAUCACAAAUCAAGCAACUCGUAGCAAGAUUAUUUAGUGUUGACACUGUCCAGAGCUCUUAGCCCAUGUAAUGUGGCUUUAGUUUUCCAAUUUAGGACUAUCCUCUUCAAAUUGUAUACACUGAGAAAAUCUAUAAAACUCAGGAACUCUUGAUUGGGAACUCUAGAACUUGGAAAACUCUCUAACUCAGGAUUAUCCUCAAGGUGAUAACCCCAAGACUGGAAAUAUCCAUUCUCAAGUUCACUAGUCCCUGACCUGAGCUAGGGGGGGAAAAAGACAGAAGGAGGCAGGCAGGAACUCUUAGUCUUGCCAGGGUGAACAGCAAUUGUUUGCCAUGUGCUUCUGCUGCAAUUAAUACGUUCUGCUUACAGAGAGUGAGGAGGGUGGAAAUCUCUUUUCCCGCCUUUCCCUAUCAUUUGGCAUUUUAGUCUGGAAAUCCAAAAGAGUCAAAUUGACAUCUGAGCUCAUCAUAAAGCACCAUGAGGAAGAGGGGAUUUUUCUGCCAAGAUGCACCAGGCAUCUUAGAGACAGCUGUAGUCCCCAAGACAAUUCAGAGGAGAAUCUUGUGUCUUUUCAGUAAGGGGCUAGAACACACAUCUACCCCCAUAGGAAGUUCUCUUCUGAUACAGAUCUUGUAAUUUCAUCAGUUUGAUUGGGCUACCUAUCAAACUGAUCAGGGACUUCCUUGAUCAACCAUCUUUACAACUGGAUUUAGAGUUGAAAAGGAUCUUUAAUCAUCUUGUCCAAUAGCUAAAUGACUAAAAUUUGAACCAGUGUCUUUGGAUUCCAAACUUUCUAAUUUGCCACAUAACCCAUUUCUAUCAUCAAACAACUCCCCUUUUUUCCUUCCAUUUGAUCCCUUUCCUUAUUCAUAUUUGCUUGCCUGGAAACCUAGAAAUGGAAGCCCCAUCUGCUCACUCCAAGAACCCUGUUCUGCAGUACUGAUAGUUGGCCCUAGGAUUCUUGUGGAAAUCCCCAGAUUUCUCUAGAGGAAAAGCUGCUUCUGGUUUUUAUGCCCUCCCUUCCUCCGUCCCCGAGGUGAGCUGGAGAGUGAGUCAUUCUUCAGUUUGGGUGAGCCACUUCCUAUUUUCUUACUCCACUCUUCUCGCUUUGAUGCUAAUAA